CAAUUCACUGUGACAUUACCGAUGUGAAGACGAGCGUGGAGGCCAUAUCAUCUACCUCACAAGAAUCCUUUAAUAACAGACAAUCGCAAGUCUAUUGCAGCGAACAGAUAGCCGUCAUCACAGCCAGACAUAACAGCCGCGCCGUCAAACCAUGGCUGGCGUAUCUCUGAAGACCCCACCAAAGGCAACCGCGGACUUUUGUCUAAUACCUCUGGGGACACCAACGGCGAGCGUUUCAGCGCAGAUUGCAGAGGUGCAGAGAUUAAUGAAGAAAAGUGGGUUGAAGUAUACGAUGCAUUCGGCAGGGACAACUGUUGAAGGAUCUUGGGAUGAAGUCACUCGGGUAAUUGGACAGGCUCACCAGCUACUUCACGACCAAGGUGUUGUUCGUAUUCAGUCCGAUAUCAGGAUCGGAAGCAGGACAGAUAAGAUUCAAUCAGCCGAGGACAAGGUCAAAGCGGUCGAACGACUUCUUGCAAACGACAAUUAGAGCCACAACGCCGGCCUCUAUGUCCGAAACAUUGCCGUGGCCAUUCCUAUAGUCACUAAUUGAUUGUGAUACUGUCAUUGCUUUAUAAGAUUAUCAUUACAUUUCACCGCCUCUCCAGACUAGCAUAUGUUCUCCUUGAGCUCCACGACAUGCCAUCGCAUCGAGACAUUGAGACCUCUUGUGUAUUGGCCAUAUUUCAGAACACAGUCAAAAAGCAAAACAAAUACCAUAGGUUUUACCUAGUCACGAUAGCGGUGUCAAACAUGCAUGAGAUACUUGAUGUUCCCAACAUCAACUGAUCAAGAUUU